AGUUAAGAUUAAAAAAAAACCCGGGGUAAACGUACUUUUACGGACUACACUUUCACGCUGAAUGAAACUAAGAGAUAAUAAUAAUAAAAAAAAAGACUCACCUAAGAAGCACAGGCUGAAAGAUAAUUUCACCCACCUUGAAGAACAGCAUCAUGGAUGCAGAAGGUUUUGGAGAGCUUCUGCAGCAAGCAGAGCAAUUGGCUGCAGAAACAGAAGCUGUGUCUGAGUUGCCGCAUGUUGAAAGAAACCUUCAGGAGAUCCAGCAGGCUGGGGAGAGACUUCGAUCUCGCACCCUGACCCGCACCUCCCAAGAUGCAGCAGAUGUUAAAGCGUCAAUCCUCCUUGGUUCCAGAGGUUUAGACAUCUUCCACAUUUCUCAAAGACUGGAGAGUUUAAGUGCUGCCACCACUUUUGAGCCUCUGGAGCCAGUCAAAGAUACUGACAUACAGGGGUUCUUGAAGAACGAGAGGGACAACGCCCUCCUGUCAGCCAUCGAAGAGUCUCGCCGCAGGACGUUCCUGCUGGCUGAAGAGUAUCAUCGUGAAUCCAUGCUGGUUCAGUGGGAGCAGGUGAAGCAGAGAGUUCUUCACACUCUGCUUGGAGCCGGAGAAGAUGCUCUGGACUUUAGCCAAGAUGUGGAGCCAAGCUUUGUGAGUGAAGUGACACCUCCAGGAAGGAGUGCGUUGGACAGUGUGGAGGUGGCUUAUGGACGGCAGAUUUAUAUUUUCAAUGAGAAGAUAGUAAAUGGACACAUUCAGCCUAAUCUGGGGGAUUUAUUAGCUUCAGUUGCAGACAGCCUUGAUGACAAGAAUGUAUCGGAGUUGUGGCUAAUGGUGAAGCAGAUGACAGAUGUGUUGCUGGUUCCGGCCAAAGACACCCUGAAGAGUCGCACCUCAGUUGAGAUGCAGAUGGCCUUCGUUCGCCAGGCGCUCAGCUUUCUUGAGAACAGAUAUAAAAACCACACAAUGGGAACAGUCUUUGGGAAUCUUCAUCAGGCCCAACUUGGAGGUGUCCCUGGAACGUACCAAUUAGUCCGCAGCUUCCUCAACAUCAAGUUGCCUGGGCCUCUACCUGGCAUGCAGGAUGGUGAGAUAGAAGGCCACCCAGUGUGGGCAGUAAUCUACUACUGCCUGCGUUGUGGAGAUGUGAAUGCAGCCAUGCAUGUGGUGAACAGGGUGCACCAUCAGCUGGGAGACUUUAAGACCUGGUUUCAGGAGUACAUGAACAGCCCUGAAAAACGCCUUUCCCCGACUUCAGAGAACAAGCUUCGUAUUCACUACCGCAGAGCGCUGAGGACCUGCGCUGAUCCCUACAAAAGAGCCGUCUACUGUCUGAUCGGGAAAUGUGACGUCAAUGAUAAUCAUGGAGAGGUGGCAGAUAAAACCGAGGACUACCUCUGGCUUAAGUUGAACCAGGUGUGUUUUGACGAUGACAGCAGCAGCAGCUCUCCUCAGGAAAGACUCACUCUGCCACAGUUACAGAAGCAGCUGCUGGAAGACUACGGAGAGUCUCACUUCUCUGCGAGCCAGCACCCCUUCCUGUAUUUCCAGGUGUUGUUCCUAACGGCUCAGUUUGAGGCGGCCGUGGCGUUCUUGUUCCGUGUAGAGCGACUCCGUAGCCACGCUGUGCAUGUUGCUUUGGUUCUGUAUGAGCUGCGGCUGCUGCUGAAGUCUUCUGGUCAGAGCGCUCAGCUGUUGAGUCAGGAGCCUGGCGACCCCCCAAUGGUGCGGCGCCUCAACUUUAUCCGUCUGCUCAUGCUGUACACCCGCAAGUUUGAGUCCACUGAUCCGAGAGAAGCUCUGCAGUACUUCUACUUCUUACGAAAUGAAAAGGACAGCCAAGGUGAAAACAUGUUCAUGCGAUGUGUCAGUGAACUUGUUAUCGAAAGUCGAGAGUUUGACAUGCUGUUGGGAAGACUAGAGAAGGAUGGCAGCAGGAAGCCUGGCGUCAUAGAUAAGUUUGCCGGUGACACCAGAGCGAUCAUCAGUAAGGUGGCUCUUGAAGCGGAGAACAAAGGCUUGUUUGAGGAGGCGGUCAAACUCUACGAGCUGGCCAAGAACCCAGAUAAGGUUUUGGAGCUGAUGAACAGGCUGCUCAGUCCAGUCAUUGCUCAGGUCAGCGCACCGCAGUCCAACAAAGAGAGGCUGAAGAACAUGUCGGUGGCGAUAGCUGAGAGGUACCGUUCUCAGGGAAUAGCAGCGGAGAAGUCUGUUAAUAGUACUUUCUACCUGCUUUUGGACCUGAUGACGUUCUUUGACGAGUACCACGCGGGUCACGUCGACAGAGCCUGCGAUGUGAUGGAGCGUUUAAAGCUGCUUCCGCUCAGUCAGGACAGCGUGGAGGAGAGGGUAGCAGCUUUUAGAAACUUCAGUGAUGAGGUGCGUCACAACCUGUCUGAGGUUCUGCUGGCCACCAUGAACAUCCUCUUCACCCAGUAUAAACGUCUGAAGGGGGCGCCAGCCGGCACGCCAGGGCGAUCACAAAGAACCGCUGAGGACAGAGGCAUGCAACUGCGCAGCCAGGCCAGAGCCCUGAUCACCUUCGCUGGCAUGAUUCCCUACAACAUGGCCGGGGACACGAACGCAAGACUGGUGCAGAUGGAGUUACUGAUGAACUGACACACACACACACACACAUAAUACACCCCCACCCUCCUGCAAGUCCUUGGAUUCUGAAGACUC